GGCCCAGCACACAGAGAGACAGAUAAAGAUGGAGUUUGAGAAACUUCAGCAGUUCCUAAAAAAUGAAGAGGCAGCCAGGAUCGCUGCACUGAGGGAGGAAGAGAUGCAGAAGAGUCAGAUGAUGAAGGAAAAGAUUAAGAAGAUGACAGAAGAGAUAUCAUCCCUUUCAGUACAAAUCAGAGCCAUAGAACAGGAGCUGGGGGCUGAAGACGUCUCAUUUCUGCAGGUAAGUCAUGUGUCAUAAUCACACAUAAAACAUGUUUAUGAAUACUCAAAUGAGAAUAUAUUACAUUGAUACAGUUUUUAUAGUCUGAGUAUUGGUUAUAGUAUUAAAAAUCAACUCUUAUUCACUUAUUUCAGAGCUACAAAGAUGUGGAGAAACGGUAUGUAAACUCCAGCCUUUCUCUCUAGCUAAUCUUUUAAUCUCCUCUUCCUUUCUCUGUUCAGUUUAAAUGUGAGGGGUAGUUUACAAGUACUUCAGCAUUUCAUCAAUGAUGAGUAAAAUUGGACCAAAUGGAAACAUUCAAAAAAGAAUGCUGCAUUCAUGCCCAAAUGAGUUAUCAAAUCAGAUUACACAAUGAUUACAUUUAUAUUGUUAGUUAUAAUGAUUAACAUCGUUAUAAGCUAUUUAACAUAAUUAUAAUCAUGAUACAAAUAAUAGGUAAUCAAUGAUAGAAUACAAAUUGCCCCCCUCCUGUGUGUGUGUGUCCCUCAGUGGGGUCGGGCUGCUUCAUAUCUGGCAGCCAGUGGGGCUGUGUGGCAGAACGCUGGGAGGGAUGGAGCCAUUUUCUUAUAGAAUGAAGAUCUGAUGUUGCUGCUGAUAAUCUUCUAUGGUAAUGAAGCCACGCCCACAGCACAAGUGACUCCUGAAUAUUAUUGCAGAGCCCAGUGCACACUGGGGGAUCCAGAGAAGGUCUCAGGAGCGCUGAUUGAUGUGGCCAAGCACCUGGGCAAUCUGAAGUACAGAGUGUGCAAGAAGAUGCUGGUGAUUGUUCAAUACAGGUCAGCUGUUCAGAGGAUUUUCCUGUCGGGAAAGGCAGGAGCUGGGAAGAGUAGCACAGCCAACACCAUUCUGGGAGAGCGGAUGCUCAGGGCUUCAUGUCGUGCAAACUCUGAUACGUCUACAUGCGAGGCUAAAACAGCGACUGUUUAUGGGAGGAAAAUCACAGUGAUUGACACACCAUGGUAUUUUUGUGAUGAGUGCACUGGUGAACAACUAAAACCUGAAAUAGCCAGAUGCAUCUUAGAGUGUGCUCCUGGACCUCACGCCUUUGUCAUAGUGUUGUCUGUGACGAAGCAGACAGCAGAGGAGAAUAAAGCAGUAGAUGACAUUCAGAAAAUUUUUGGGGAGAAGGCUCUGAAGUACGCUGUUGUCCUGUUUACCCAUGGAGACGAGCUUGAGGAUGACGUGACCAUCCAGCAGUUUGUGGAUGAAAAUGACCGUCUGAAAACACUUGUCCAAAAGUGUGGAAACCGGUUUCAUGUCAUCGAUAACAAAUACUGGAAUAAUCCCCCUGAAGGCGACGAUGAUGAGAGAAGCAAUGGCGCUCAAAUCAAAAAGCUGCUGAACACGAUUGAUCAGAUGGUGGGACAGAACGGAGGGAAGUGCUUCACCAACGAGGUGUUCCAAGCUGCGGAAAGAGUCAUAAACAAGAAAAUGAUUGAAGCUAUAAGAGUGAAAGAACGCACAACCUGUACCUGUAGCUGAGGCAGCAAAGAUGGGGAUGGGACUGGGGGCCUGCAUGCGUAUGAUACCGGGGUGGAGGGGGGGGGGUAAUUGGGGCAGAAGCAGCAAAGGUAGCAGAGAGUCAGAGAGAAGCCUCAGAGACCCUGUGGUGGAUUUCAGAUUGCUGAGUAAUCCACCUCCCGGGGGAACUGUGAAGGGGAACUCAUUAGGAUCGACGAAGAUGAAGAUGAAGGUCGCACACUGGAGCCGCACGCCGUAGCUUUCCUGUCCUCUCGGCCGGCAGGAGCAGGCCCAGCCACGACAGGCCCAGUCCCUGAUAAUGCUGCAAAUCUGAGUCUGUCCGCAGCAAAGUAAGAUUCACUGGUGAAUACAAUGCCAGAAUAAAAAUAAAAAAUAAAAAUAGCACUGUCUAAACAAAUACAUAUAAAAACCCCACAAUCUGAGAAAUUUACAAAAUUUAAAAUAAAAAAAACGUACCUCAUUGUGUUACAGACCAAAGGCACAAAUGAGGCUAACUACUGCAAAAAUAGAUUAAUGAAUAAAUGAAUUAAUUUGAAUUAUUAAUUGUAUUACAAAGAAAAUUCUAAAUUAAAAAACCUGUAAGAUAAUUCUGGUAAUUAUUUUGGUCAAUGAACCGUUGCAUUUUUGUUUUGUUUGUAAAUAAUCACACUAGUGUGCAAGAAAAAAAAUGUCUUAAUCUUCCAAAUUCCCAACAACUUUCUACACACACUUUAGGCCUAAUGUUCAAGAUUAAUGCAUUUAAAAUGCAUAUAAAAUUUCCAUCUAUUUGGUUUAAGUAAUUUUAAUGUAAGCCAAAACAAUCAACUUAUACGUGAUGCAUAUGUAUAAAUCAAACAUGAAUGAAACAAAUAACUAGAUUUCCGCAAUUAUUAUAAAUAAAUCCAAUGUGUUUUAAAUCAAUAAUAUUAGAAUACAUAAUAAUAACAUAAUUGUUUCAUAAUCUAGAAUUAGCCAUAUAUAAACCAUCCUGAUUGAAUCUAGUUUGAGAAUUAGCAGAUCUAUAUUCAUUGUAAUUACUCUGAAUGAAUAAAAUAAAACCUCUUCAGUUUCUGUUUAUUUAAAUAUAACCAAGUUGAUGUGCUUGCCUAAUUUCAAUGAAUGUCUGGAAUCGUUUUUCUGAGUGCAUAUUGUACAUGAUCUUUUUAUUCAUCUGUCAUGGAGGAAACUCCUAUUUUUGUGCAUCGUAGUGAAUGUACUUAUGCUUAUUUUUCACAAAGAUCCUGUUACAUUUAAUCCUACUUACUGCAUAAUACAUUUUUUAAACACAAGAGUUCAGUCAUCCUCUCCCAACCACUGAAUGGGAGUGGGUAAGGAACUGGACUUGUAACCGAAAGGUCGCAGGUUCAAUUCCCGGGUAGGACACUGCUGUUGUACCCUUGAGCAACGUACUUAACCGAAAUUGCUGCAGUAUAUAUCCAGCUGUAUAAAUGGAUACAAUGUAAAAUGCUAUGUAAAAGUUGUGUAAGUCACUCUGGAUAAGAGCGUCUGCUAAAUGCCUGUAAUGUGAUGAAUAACUCAUAAUGCAGCAAGUGAGCAUAAGCUGCAAUAGAAGCAAAUGUAAUCAUUUCUGCAAACUCCUUUAAAUAAUGUAAAUACUUGUAAAUACAAAUGACAAAUUCGUGUUCGGGGAAGAAAUUGCUUUACUGAAUUUCUGUGUCUGGGCUGCAGUCUUUCAGUGAGUGAGAUGCACAAAGUCCUGUCUAAUUCUGAAAGCUGCAUAGACAGCACCUUUCCUGUCUUCUGCAGCAAACUGCUAGCUUAACAGAUUUGUCUUUUUUCUUAUAGCUGAACAAUGAAAAGGGUGAACAUAAAAAUAUAAUUUUCAAUUGAGCUGUAUGUUCUGUAAAUAUAUGCAAAGGUGCAUGUUUUAUAACUGCCGAGAUUUGUGUUCAGUAGAAUUUAUUGAAGUACAAUAAAAGCAAUUUGACCGUU